GCAAGCCGGAGACUGCGGUGAAGAUGAUGAUUAUUUGGAUUUCUGUCAUGCUUCUAAGUGAGAUGUACUCAACACAUUCAGAGGUUGUUUCUCAACCUGAUCCAGUAAUGUUGGUCUCUAUUGGGGACGAUGUUACUCUGCAUUGCUUUAUUCUGAAAGACCACAGUGAUCCAAUUACUUGGUACAAGCAAAAUUCUGGACACCAACCACAAGCAGUUGCAAUGGUGCAGAAAUUAGCCAAAAACCCUAAUUUUUUCAACACUUUGGAAUCCUCACGUUUUAGCAUUGAGACAGACUCAAGCAAAUGUCAUUUAACGAUUUCAAAUGUCACUUCAUCUGAUGAAGCAAUGUAUUACUGUGGCUGGAGAAAGUAUGAAACUAUUUUUGCUGAAGGCACAUAUUUAGCUUUAAAAGGGUCACAAAACAACCAAUAUAAAUCCAACGUGUCUGUUCUUCAGCAUCCCGAAUCAGAGACGGUCCACUCUGGAGACACCGUGACCCUGAUGUGCUCUGUGCUGUCUGAAUACAACACCGCAGAUAUCAGAAUGUUCUGGUUCAGAUCUGAAUUUGGAAAACCAGAAAUCCUCUACACUCAGAAUCCGAGUAAUCAUUGUGAGACUGAUUCUGCUCUGAACUGCACAUUCAGUCUGUCCAAGAACAUAGUCAGCCAAAUGGACACUGGCACUUAUUACUGUGCUGUAGUCACUUGUGGAAAAAUUCUGUUUGGAAAUGGGACAAAAUUAAAUAUGGUAAAGCCAGUGGAUCCUCUGGUGAUGAUCUUGGGUGUGUUAUUGGGUGUCUGUGUGGUUGUGAUCACUGCACAAGCUAUUUUAAGUCAUAAAAAGGAAAAAUAUUACUGCAACAAAGAAAAAAGGCUAAAAGACACUGAAAAAGAACACCCCACCACCAGUCAGGUGUGCAUCAUAAAUUAA